AUGAUUAAAGACGGGGAAAGCCCGAAGUUAGCUGCCGGAGCGAUGAGAGAAGGGGUUUCGGAAGAAUCAAGGGACAGAUCGCAAGCAUCGCAGCUGGCUGGGAAUGGCCGGCAAAAGGAGUGGAAUCGUCCUGAGGCCAUCGCAGGAGCCGUUGCAGGCAUGGCGACCGUCGCCAUUCUCCACCCCCUUGACAUCGUGCGAACCAGGUUUCAAGUGAAUGACGGGAGGGAUCCCACAAUUCCUCGCUAUCGUGGCGUUGUCAGUGCCAUCACCACCAUCUCUAGAUUCGAGGGCAUUCGAGGCCUGUAUGCGGGCCUCUACCCAUCGAUGGUCGGCUCCUCUCUCUCCUGGGCUCUCUACUUCUUCCUGUACAGCCAUGCCAAAGAGCGGUACAUGGCUUACUUUAGUGCAAUGACCAGCACCGGUAUUGGCAACAGUGACAGACGAUGUGGAAGCUGUGGUAGCAAGAGUGACAGGAGACACGAUGGCAGUGGCAGCAGCAGUGGCACCGGCAUGUGUCCUAGCACAGAGAAGAGCAGCGCCAUCGUUUCAAAGGAAAGGCUUUUAGAACAAAUUGGUGCCUCCACCAUGGCUGCUCAUGGUGUUGGUAGUGAUGGUGGUGGUAGCAGCAACUGCAGGGAGGACAGAAUAAAGGACGGUUCAAUAUUAAGCUCCACCACUGUUGCUCAUGGUGAUACAGGAGGAGGAUUCUCGAUCCAAGGGGGAACUGCUGGAGGGGGGCAAAGGGAUAGACCCGGUUCGGAAACCGAUGCUGCUGCUGCCGGAGUGGGGGUUCAAGCGGGUAGUUCUCCUGAUGGUAGGAGUUGCAAUGGUGCAAUUCGCACGGACGGUGGGAAUACGGGGAGGUGUGAUGGCAGAGAACAAGGAGUAGUUGCAGGAAAAGAGAUCGAGUCAAGCAGCAAGAGCAGUGGAGGGGUGGAGGUGGAGAGAAGAAGUGAUAAGAGCUGGAGAUCAACAAUGGUGAAUCUGGCGGCUGCCACUGAGACUGGCAUUCUGGUGGUCCUUCUCACCAACCCCAUCUGGCUCGCCAAGACGCGUCUGCAGCUGCAGGGAGCACUUGAUCCCAAGGGACCACACACCAUGCACCACCCGCCAGUGCUGGCAGGGCUGCCAGUGCUGCUGGUGCUGCUAUUUCCGCCAGUGCCACCAGCGCGCAGCCGCUCUCACCGGCAGUUGCAUCAAGGCCGUCAGCAGCAGUCGUACCGCAUCAUCACCCCCGGCAGUACCGAGGCUUUCAUGGUGCUUCAUGACGCCAUCUGGUCAAUAGUCAAGGAGGAGGGCUUUAGAGGGCUGUACAGAGGCAUUGGCCCAAGCCUCAUCUUAGUAUCGCACGGGGCCAUUCAGAUGGCGGCGUAUGAGGAGCUGAAGCAGCUCAUGCUGGCUCUCAGAUCGCCUUCACCAUGGGCAGCACCCGCACCCACCCAACCACGCAUUGAUUCUCAUCCGUCCUCCUCCUCCUCCUCGUUGCCUGCACAUCCUGCUGUGACAGAGCUGUCCCCUUGGGACAUUGCAGCAGUGGGAGCAACUGCCAAGCUCUGUGCUGCCUCUGCCACCUACCCCUACCAGGUGGUGCGAGCUCGCCUGCAGAUGCGUCCAAACGAGGUUGGCCAGUUAAAGUACCGCAACACACAGCACGCCGUCACCAGCAUGUGGAGGCUGGAGGGCGCCCGUGAGGCGUCAGGGAGGAAACACAAUCUACCGGUCGUCAUCAUGGGUUCAUCAGCCAUUUCGCUCGCAACUGCCGCGAGCGGAAGCGUCGUAAAAGCAGCUCCGCUGUCGCACACAAUGCAUCAACCUCCGCUGUCCGUUCGACCGUCGGAAUCGCGCGUUAUCCGGUGCAAUGCGUCCUACAGCCAAGCUACUAGCGUGAGACAAACUGUCAGAUUCCGACCGUGCAUUGACAUUCACAAGGGCAAGGUGAAGCAGAUCGUUGGUUCCACACUCCGUGACCUGCCUUCCCAAGACUCAUCAGCCACCGCCUCCUCUUCCUCCUCAUCCGAGCCUGUGACCAACUUUGAGUCGGAUCGCAGUGCAGCGGAGUAUGCCAGCAUGUACGCCGCUGAUUCGCUGCCAGGAGGCCACGUCAUCAUGCUAGGGGCCGAUCCAGCCAGUCAGGAGGCAGCUCUUGGGGCGCUGAAUGCCUUCCCAGGUGGACUGCACGUGGGUGGAGGCAUCACUCCAGAGAACGCCGAGAUGUACCUGGACGCAGGGGCCAGCCACGUCAUUGUCACCUCGUACGUGUUUCGAGAUGGCAAGGUGGAUGAGGAGCGGCUGCGCAGGAUGGUGAACGCAGUAGCACCGGAGAGACUGGUGCUUGAUCUGAGCUGCAGAAAGAAGGGCGAGCACUACUACGUGGUGACGGACCGGUGGCAGCGCUUCACAUCGCUGGUGGUGGACGGCGAGUCGCUGGCACGGCUGGCCGACUGCUGCGAUGAAUUCCUCGUGCACGGGGUGGAUGUGGAAGGCAUGAAGCUGGGCAUUGAUGAAGAGCUCGUUUCCCUGCUUGGGAAAUAUUCACCGAUCCCUGUGACCUAUGCCGGAGGUGUUCGCUCUCUAGAGGAUCUUGAGAUUGUGAAGGCAGCUGGAAGGGGAGCUGUGGAUGUGACUGUAGGAAGCGCCCUCGACAUCUUCGGAGGGGACCUGCCGUACAGAGAGGUCGUGGAGUGGCAUAGAAGCCAAUCAAAGGUGUAG